GAAUCGCGAAGAAGAGCAAGAAGUCACUUGAAACUACAACAAAUUGCCUCAAUGGGAGCUCCGUAAAACUGGCGAUUACAAGGGGAACAUUUCAGAUAUUUAUUGAAUCAAAUUAAUAGAGAAUCAAUCAUCGCCUACUCUGAUUUUUAACCGCUUUAAGUGCCGGGACAAAUUAGAUCAUUCGCUUCUGCCAGUUAGCAUCAGUUAGCUAUUAGCUUCGGUUACUACUGUUCCAUGCUUUCGCCUUUGUGAAGCGUUUUAACAAGCAAACACAUACUUGUUUUUGUUCCUACUGCGGUGACCGCCGGUUGUUCCAUGUGACCAUGCCGCCACGCAUCGAAUUGUAGAACGAGAGACCACCGAGUGAUGGCGCUACCGCGGGGACGUGGAGACAACACCGCGGUGACGCUCACCCGGAGAAGCAGAGGAGGUUUGAGAGACGCUGGGUCUGUGAGCAGACUCAACCUGAAGGUCCUGAGAUCGAUUCUCCUGCAGAAGAACAGAAUCUACACAAAAGUGUGGAGCAAGUCAUCGGCAUCCAGAAUAAUGUAUGAAAACAGUAAGAUCUACUUUGACAACUACCAAAGCUGCUACAACUGUCUUCAUUCCGAGCCUCAUCUUCUUUAUAAAUUACCAAAGCGGACAAAAGUUGACAAAUUUGAAGAUGCUCUACUGUGCCAAAGUCCUCUUGGCUCGUCAUUGUCCUCUGCUUCAGCUCAAACGCCGAGUCUCUUGGCCUUAAGCGCAAAUAACUGGCUGUAUCGUUUGUCUGCUGAAACUGGAGCAGAGCUGGAGAAAGUUUUUUUGUCUUCGAGGCACAAAUUCAGGUAUCUUGGGUGGGAUGCCGCUCAAGAAGUAUUUUAUGUGAAGUCUGUUCAAAGCAAAGAAACAUCCAUGGAACGACAGGCAGGUAUUCUGCAGAGUACUCUGAUGCACUUGGCCAUCUUCCGUGUAUUUCCCUUGCAAGUGGUGGGGGUUAUGGAGAUCAACAAAAAGAUUUUUGGGAACACUGUCACCGAUGUAAUCCUGUCUCAAGGCGUCCUUGCUGUGUCCUACAGUAAGUCAGUGAAGCUCUUCAGCUUUGAGCACAUUGUAAAACAAUUUAUGAUAGAACGGUUGACACUUGGAAAACAAAGUUCUCUCCUGGGUGGUCGCAUCGUUGGAGAGGCUCCUUUUGGUAUUCCAGUCAAUAUUCAGAUCACUGAAUGUCCUCCUGUGCUGUUUGAGGUCCAGUGUUCUAAUAAUGGAAUACAGAUUGGUGGCUUCCCGUGGCACUUCAUCCACACGCCACUCAAGAAAGUCCACAAGGGGACCCAUCACAUCUGCUCCCUGCAGGACGGAACAUUGGCAGGAAAUGGAGUUCAGAACAUGAGCUGCCUCUCUCUGGAAAGUGAUGAGAUUUUCUUCCACCCAGACGUCUCAGGAAGGAUUGUUCAUUUUGGACCAACAGCUGUAAACAUUCUAAAACUCAUCGAGGAGGUGAACAAUGCAGCGGUUGUCAAAGACUUCUCCAUGGAAACCAAGAGGAACAGCCAUCCUGCCUCUAAAGUGACAGUCACCUCAUCAGGCCGUACAGUAAAAAGAAGACUGCAGCAGCUGGAUGACGACCCAGACCAAGAGACUUUUCGGAUGGUGGAGUACGAAGAUGAGUUGGACCUUUUGGCGGUCGUAGUCACUGACAGUGAAGAGGGAGAAGGGAAAGCUCGCAUCCAACUACAUGACAACCAAUGCGGCAAGUUCCUGCGGACAAUCGAACUGCUCGAACCUUGGGAUGAGACUUAUCUCCACGAGUUGUUUUUCGACAAGGACACGAUAGUUCACGUUGAACAGAAGAGCAACAACUUCUGCUGCCAUGUUUACAAACUCAAGCUGCAAUGAAAGAUCCGGAUCAAGCUGCAGGGAAACCUCUCUUUGAAAAGUUCAACAGUCAGUGACUGUUUUCCUCAUCACAUUUUAUAAGAUAAAAUAAUUGUUUUUAAGACAUCAAAUUUGAAUAAAUAUUUUUUAUAGAACUUUUGUCUCAAAUAUUUCCGAAAGAAAUUCAGGUUUUGGCAGGUAAAUAAACUGAUUAGGAAAAAUAUGAAUAAUUAUGAGCUUGUAUAUAACGCUACUGUGUGCAGCAUUAGCUGAACAGAAGUUUGGAGAUCAGCGGCGACUAGACGGGACCAUGGGAGCUUCAGUCUAACACACUCCCAUCUGAGCUAUUUCGGCAAUUACUUCUGGAAUUAAACUCACGUACACACAGUUGAUAAAGUAAAGAAAUUCCUGGAUCCAGACGAUGAUCUGAAUCGCUCCCAAAAUUCUGUUAUUUAUGUCUGAAAAUUUCAACCAAAUCCAUCCAUCAUUUUCAUGUUAUUUUAAACACAAACAAACAGACAAACCAAAUCCGCCAAGAAAUAACCUCCCUGGUAGAGGAAACAAGAUUCAGUUUCCAAUAUGAUCAGUAGUCGACAUGCUCUAAAGACCACUGACUUGAGCCAUUUCUGGGGUCCAGCAGAAAAUCUCUAGGGUUAAAUGGGUGCUCUGCUGAGCAGCCGAGUCUUCGGAGAGGGCAGGUACGUGUAGCGUCAUGUCCGGGUGUGGCACCACAGCAUCUUCUUCAGGGAAAGUCACAGUCUGUUGGAAACCUUCCGGUGCGUUUCAUUGCCAGGCAGGGUUGUACGGACGAGACUCAAGAGCAGAAGGUCACAUACCUUGAGCUGGUUUAGACAUGUGGAGUGGCUGGAGGGCCGGCUGCAAGCCACUUGAAGUGGGAAGUAGUUGGACUCUCAGAGCACCAAGCUGCCAGAGAAAAAGCACCAAAGUUGCAGUGAAUCGACAACAAUUUAAAAAAAGAAAAUGAUUUUACACCAGUUAUGGAUUACUUAAACACAUCUGGAGUUGUAAUAAAAGAAGUAGGGAUGGACAACCGUGUACUCAGGAGAAUAAAUGAUCAGUUGUCAGUUACUUUAAACAAGACAUGUUAUUAUUUUACACCUUUAAGAGUGAGAUGUCCGUGUGAGAUAGAUGAUGAAGAUGCUUCCUUAACAGAGUAGCAUCAUCUUUAACAGACUAACAUAAAGAAUACUGACUUUUGUGUCUGUUUUUAUGGUUCCUUACUUUGACCGGAGAGAUAAGAUAGAUUCAGGAAAACAAACCCAUAAACUGUUCAAGGCUAGAAGACAAAGAUAACAUCAGCAAAAAUCCUCUGAUUUCACAUUCAUGUGAAGUUGGUUCAUUGAACAUGGCAGAUGGCUGCAAAACACAGGUUGUUUCAAAGUGAAGGUGUGCGUGUGAUCCUCAGGGCCAUGGUUGAUGUGCCAGUCUGACUGAGGCGUCAAGACUAGAGAAGAAUGCAGGAGAUAACAAGAGGUGGAACUGCCGUGUCAUGUAUGAAAAGGAGUCACACGGGAAGUAUUUGUCAAAGUACUUUGUGACAAUUCCAAAUCUACAAAUCUACUUCCAGUCCCAGCAUGACCCAGCAAAAAAUGAAGAACACUUUCAAAGCAGCCGGUCCGACAAGGCAUAGACUAGUAAGCCAACUAGAUCAGCGACUUGCCCACGGCUUUUAUGUUGCUGCCAUUUUCACAUCAGUGUCAAAGAGAUUUCAUUAAAUAAAAGUGGGAACUUGCAUAGAGAUGGCUCUUACAACAUUAAUAAAAUCUUCCAUUUUUUUUAAAGUGGGAGAUUUAAAAGUAGUUUUUUUUUCUUUAAAAAAAUGAAUGAAUGGCUCCUCCACUGCAUGAAAACAAACACAAUGCACUGAAAACAAAAACACAAAUGUUCAAACUUGCAGCCCUUUUGCUUUCUACCAUCCAACAAACAGAGUCUGAGAACAAAUUGCUUUUUAAAGGGUCUGACGACAAAUGUGCACGCUCU